ACCCCUGGCGCAAGAUGGCCGUCUCGGAUCGAGCGCCUUCAUGGUCCCGCCAUGUUGGCGUCCCUUUGGGCUCGCCAGCUCGGGCUUGACGAUCCAGUGCGGCUGCGCCGGGACGAGGCCGCCCGGAGGUGUCCGUUGUUCCAAGUAAGAUGAGACUUGGAAGGCCAUCAUGUGAUGAAACUUCAAAGUAACUAAUACUUGUUGGUUCUAAGUUUGGAAUUAAAUAAAGAUAGAGAUGUGGAAAGAAUACAUGAGACUGGUAUCAACACCCUUGAUAUUGACUGUGUUGAGGGAAGAUACAUGUUAUCCGGUGGAUCAGAUGGUGUUAUUGUACUUUAUGACCUUGAAAACUUGAGCAGGAAACCAUGCUAUGUAUGUAAAGCCAUUUGUUCUGUUGGAAGGAACCAUCCUAAUGUACAUAAAUUCAGUGUGGAGAUGGUUCAGUGGUAUCCUCACGACACCGGCAUGUUUACAUCCAGCUCGUUUGACAGGACCUUGAAAAUAUGGGAUGCAAAUAUUUUACAGCCUGCAGAGACCUUGAAAUUUGAGGGAGUAGUUUAUAGCCAUCACAUGUCUCCAAUUGCUACAAAACAUUCUUUAUUAGCAGUUGGUACCAGAAGCCCCAAAGUACAUCUCUGUGACUUGAAAUCUGGAUCCUCCUCUCACAUUCUGGAGGGUCAUAAGCAAGAAGUACUGGCGGUGUGUUGGUCCUCACGUCAUGAAUAUAUUUUGGCAACGGCAAGUGCUGACAGUAGAGUAAAACUGUGGGAUGUGAGGAGAGCAUCUGGAUGUCUGAAUACACUUGAUCAGUACAAUGGAGAAAACUCCAAAGCCUCUUCUGAGACAGCAAACACUGCUCACAAUGGGAGAGUUAAUGGUUUAUGCUACAUGAAUGAUGGACUUCAUCUCUUGACCAUUGGUACAGAUGAUCGGAUGCGACUCUGGAACAGCUUCACUGGAGAAAACACAUUAGUGAAUUAUGGGAAAAUCUAUAAUGAGAGUAGAAAAGGAGUCAAAUUCACCGUCUCUUGUGGCUGUAAUCAAGAGUAUGCAUUUGUACCGUGUGGUAGUACCAUUGCUGUUUAUGCAGUUUUCACAGGAGAACUGAAAACUGUGCUUAGAGGGCAUUAUAAUACUGUUAACUGCUGUGUAUUUCAACCUAACUUUCAGGAACUUUAUAGUGGUAGCAAUGAUCACAAUAUCCUUGCGUGGGUACCAACUCCUCGAGAGCCAGUUCCUGAUGAUACUUCAGAAAACUAUUCCGGUCCAAUGUAUGAAGACCUAUGGAGCAGCAGUAGUAAUGAAGACUGAAUUUCACUUAAGUGCUGAUACUAAAUUGACAUUCAGGCACUGCAUUCACAGACUUUAUCUACAAAAUUUGGUAUUGUCAGAUUUAUUAUGACUGGAUUUUUGUUGCAUUUCUGUUAUAGCAAGGUCUUUCAGAAUUAAGUUUUCACUGCUCUGUGUUCAGUUUAUUUUUAUCCAUGCCUAGAUGGAGCAAACUGCAUCCAUUUUUAAGUGCUUAUGUACUGUGGGACUGCACAGGAUUUUGUGCCUCUUCUUUUGUGUUUUCAGUUUUGUGUAAGUUUCUCCAUUAAAUGCAGUAUCCAGUUCGGAAAGAGGUAUAGCUGGUAUCAUCUACUGAAGUAUUUAUAUGGUGACCCUUUUCAACUAACAUCUGAAUCUGUCCCAGAAAGUUAAGAAUAUAAACUACUUUAAAGGGAGUUUUUGUUGCUCCUGUUAUCAGGCUUUUAAUACCAGUCUUCUAUGUAUGAAUCUCUCACACUUCCCUAGCCAGCAUGAAGAAUUCCUGGACAGAAACAGGUUUGAGGUACAGUGCAAGGCAAAGAGUGGGUCACGUUUCAAGUUAGAAAUAUUGAAUGUAGUCCUUUAAAACUGUUUUCAUCUGAAUUUCUGUUCCUAAUGCCUGCUCUGUUUUGAAAAGGAGGAGCUUUGUGGAGUUAUUGUCUAAUAUUGAUCACUAGUUUGUGCUUUAGACAUAGUGUAGUCACCAAGCUGAGAGAUGAAUUAGAGGUUCCCAUUGGAUGUAGAUGCCACUCUAUAGAGGAAAAAUUCCUUCCAGAGCAGCUAUUAAGACCUCACGUUCAGACAAAAGGAAAAAAUCUUGUACAAGUAAAUGAAAAAAAGUGUGUGGUCUGUAUUAUUUCUAUAAUAUGCAGUUUAGAAUUCACUGUGCUUCUGUAUUUUAAUAUCUAUACGAGAUACAGGUUGUCAGUUUCUAUAUCAAUCUAGUCUAGCACUGUAAAAUGAUACAGAGGAUGUAUCAAAGGAGUGGGAAUAUAAAGGGAAUGUUGUAAUUAAAGAAGCUUCAUAUGUAGUGCAUAUUUGCUGGGAGAGACCCACUGUUAACUGGAUAGCUUCAGGGUGGAAGACUUACAGAAGUUUUGACUGAAGUUAAGGCCCAGCCUGACACUCACUUUACAGGAUUAGAGAAGAGAAUUUUUUUUUUUUUUUUUCAAAUGAUAAUUUUCAUUACCAAUGGUGGCUGUUCCUUCAAAUAGGAAAAACUGGGGAACAGAUUUGAAGAUUACACAUUCUGAUUUUUGUCUUCAAGAGGAUGACUUGUGUGUGUUAUAAUUGUGCAUAUCAUUUGUAUAUGCCAAUUACAAUGCAUGUAUUUGGUAUUUAAAUUUCUAAAAAUCUGCUUAGUAUAUCAUAAUUAUCAAAGAAUAAAUGCUUUUAUCAAUCAGUUUUCAGUUACCUGUAAUGUUUUUGUGUUAUAACUGUGCAUAUCGUUUGUGUAUGGCAACUGCAGUGCAUGUGUUUUGUAUUUGAAUUUCUAAAAAUGUGCUCGUUAUGUUAGUUAUCAAAGAAUAAAUGCAUUUUUUCAAUCAA